AUAAGAAAAAGAGUCCAUGUCAAGUCAAGUGGAGUAACCUCACACCCCUUGCUAUCUUGGUGGACACCCCUUGCAUCUUGGUGGACUAUGCACACAUCAGGUCAGACCUUGCUGAGGAGUCAUGGAGACUUUGGAGAUGGGUGAAGUCGGGACAUCUCUCAUGACCUCAGAGGCUAAACCAACUCCAGCCAGACCUCCUAACAAAUUCGAGAGGUUGUUUCAGCCAUGUCUGGGCGAGCUGGUGGGAACUACGUUCUUUGUUUUUAUAGGGUGUGUGUCAGUCAUAGAGAAUGUGGAGUCUGCGGGGAGGCUUCAGCCAGCUCUGGUGCAUGGUCUGGCGGUAGCAAUCAUGGUGGCUUGCAUGGAUGGGAUCAGCGGUUCCCAUUUCAACCCUCCAUUCACACUGGCCAUCUAUCUGUGUGGGGGGAUGGAGAUGAAUAUGGUGGUCCCAUACCUUGCAUGUCAGUUGCUUGGAGGAGUGCUCGGGGCUGCUAUGGCAAAGGCAAUGACCUCCAGAGAGAACUACACCAAGGCUCAAGGGGCUGCUUUCGCUCUGCUGCAGUCAGACAGUCAAAUAGGAGGAGCUCUGUUUGGAGAAAUCGCCAUGACCUGCCUGGUCACCAUGGUGGUGCUGCUGGGGGCUGUGAACUCCAAGACCAAAAGCCCUCUGGCACCUUUCAUGGUCGGCUGCACUGUUAUCAUCAACGUCUUGGCUGGCGGAGAUGUAUCUGGGACGUGCCUGAACCCAGCCAGAGCCUUUGGUCCAGCCAUAGUCAGCAACUACUGGAUUUAUCACUGGGUCUACUGGGUAGGACCCAUUGGAGGAGGCUUAAUAGCAGCUGUUCUGGUCAGACUCCUUCUUGGAGACCGCAACAUUCGACUCAUUUUGAAAUGAGAUUAUGUGUUAAUCUAUUUAAAUUAGAUCUUGAGAUGGCUUCACCCUCUACAAUACUCCCUUAUUUUGUUCCACUGAGAUUUUCUUGUAUGAUUAUCCAUUUAUAGCAAUACAAUAAAAUUAGACUUUUUAAAAACAUAAUGAAAGGUACUUAUGUUUGCUUUUUAGCAACUUGCUUGCUUGUGUGAUUGUCUAGAAAGUAAUAUUAUACUUA